GUUCGUUGUGCCUUGUCUUUCAGAUGUGCAGCAAUGGUUUUAAGGCAUUUCAAUUAAAAAAAAUGUCCUGAGUGUGUUGCUAAGACUCGUGUGCAUCUGUAAGAGGGUGCCCAUUUAAGACCUUGGCGCCUAUGGAGUUUGUUGGAUCCUCCUCAAAAUUGGUGAGACUGUUCAUGAGACAUGUGAGAGCUUAAGUUAUCAAAAUGUGAGAGCAGAUGAAAGCGUGUGGCCAGACGCACGAACGCUUGCAUAUGGUUUGGAAGAUGCUACUACCACUACUGGUCUGCGCUGGUGCGUCGGCGCUGCUCAGCUCAGCGGAGAGCAAGAAUAAGCAGUUUUGCACGUGGACAUGCGCUAUCUUCACACUGCAGUGGCCCGGAGCUUUCUGCCAGUCUCUGGACAACACGUCUCUUUGCAAGCUUCCUCCCGAAGUCAACGGUUGGCUCAUCCACGGCUUGUGGCCGCAAAAGACACAGACAUGCUGCGAGUGUUGGCCCAUGUUCGCCUCUGACGUGCAGGAGGUACGGGGCACUCUGGAAGAAAAGUGGCCUUCUUUGCUAAAAAGUCGAUCCAGUUUCGUGUUCUGGAAGGACGAGUGGAGGAAACACGGCACUUGCGCUGCCUGCGUGGAAGGACUCAACUCUCCGUUACAAUACUUCCAGAUGUGCCUCAAACUCAGACAACGCUUCGACCUGCAAAAAGCGCUGGAGGACGCCGGCAUCAAGCCGUCCUGUCAGCGGCUUUACAAGCUAGCUGAAGUGCAGGAGGCGCUGUUUCCUCUCACAGGCAGCAAGAUUGAGAUCCAGUGCAUCAAAGACGACCAGGAGCGUGAGGUUUGGUUUCAAGUGAAGAUCCAACUGUCUCGCAACAUGAGCCUGGGUUGCGAUCACUUCGGCGACACCAACGACAUCCGCAGUGACAGAAGACGGUUUUGGGGUCACCCCUGCCCCGCCGGAGAAGGUCUCUACUACGUCCCCAUCGACCACCAGCGCCCGUUGCGCCCUUGCGGGUGACCGGGCCGAGGCGCUAAGCUAGCGUCUGGAAAUGUGAAAGCUAACCUUUAUGCUAACAAACAGUUAGUCCAGAUUUGUAGAGCUUUUUAGUGUGAAAAUACCUGAAAAAUAUGCCUUCACGUUUCUGAUUUUCAGCUUUUUGUUCAUUGGUAAUCGGUCGUGGACUAGCAAAGGCUUAAUUAGAGCAGAUUGUUAGCUAGCUCAGGGUUGUAAAUUGAUAGAUUUUGUGGCUUUUAGGACAGUUUUAAGGAUCUCCACUGUUGAUUUUGGGUCAAUUUUGCUUCACUUCCUGUUAAGUUAGGGUCAUUCCCUGUCGAUUUUUGGGCAAAUUAAGCUCACGUCCUGUUGAUUUGGUGUCAUUUCCUGUCAAUUUUGGGUCAAUUUUGGCCCACUUCCUUUUAAUUUGGGGUCAUUUCCUGUUAGUUUUUGGGCAAUUUCUGCUCACUUUCCUGAUUUUGGAGUCAUUUCCGUUCGAUUUUGGGCUCUCUUCCUGUUAAUUUGGGGUCCUUUCUUGUUGUUUUCCAAACAAUUUUGCCUCAUUUCAUGUUGAUUUGGUGUCCUUUCCUGCUGUCUUUGGAGAAAAUUCAGUUCACUUCCUGAUUUGGGGUCAUUUCCUAUUGUUUUUGGAGACAAUUUUUCCUCACUUGCUGUUGAUUCGGUGUCAUUUCCUGUUGAAUUUGGGUCAAUUUUGGCCUACUUCCUGUUAAUUUGGAGUCAUUUCCUGUUAAUGUUUGGGCAAUUUGUGCUCACUUCUGGAUUUUGGGGUAAUUUGCUGUUGAUUUUGGGUCAAUUUUGCCUCACGUUCUGUUCAUUUGGGGUCAUUCCCUGUUGUUUUUGAGACAAUUUUGCCUCACUUCCUGUUGAUUUGGUGUCAUUUCCUGUCGAUUUUGUUUCAAUUUUGGCUCACUUCCUGUUAAACUACGGUCAUUCCCUGUUGAUUUUUGGGCAAAUUCAGCUCACCUGCUGAUUUGGUGUCAUUUCCUGUCGAAUUUGGGUAAAUUUUAGCCCACUUCCUUUUAAUUUGGUGUCAUUCCAUGUUAAUUUUUAGGCAAUUUCUACGCACUUCCUGAUUUUGGGAUCAUUUUCUGUUGUUUUCGAGACAAUUUUGCCUUACUUCCUGUUAAUUUGGUGCCAUUUCCUAUCGAUACUGGGUAAAUUUUGGCUCAUUUCUUUUAAUUCCUUUUUAUUUGGGGUCAUCCCUUGUUAUUUUUUUGGGCAAUUUGUGCUCACUUCCCGAUUUUGGGGUCAUUUUCUGUUGUUUUCGAGACAAUUUUGCCUCACUUCCUAUUGAUUUGGUGUCAUUUCCUGCUGAUUUUGGAACAGAUUCAGCUCACUUCCUGAUUUGGGGUCAUUUCCUAUUGUUUUUGGAGACAAUUUUUCCUCACUUACUGUUGAUUUGUUGUCAUUCCCUGUUGAUUUUGGGUCAAUUUUGGCUCACUUUCUUUUAAUUUUAUUUGGGUCAUUCCCUGUUAAUUUUUCGGGCAAUUUCGGCUCACUUCACUUCACUAGGGUAAUUUUUACUCAGUAGUUUUGGGGUCAUAUCUUGUCGAUUUUGGGUCAAUUUUGGCUAAUUUCCUGUUAAUUUGGAGUCAUUUCCUGUUCGGUGUUGGGCAAUUUCGACACACUUCCUGAUUUGGGGUCAUUUCCUAUUGUUUUUGGAGACAAUUUUUCCUCACUUGCUGUUGAUUCGGUGUCAUUUCCUGUUGAAUUUGGGUCAAUUUUGGCCUACUUCCUGUUAAUUUGGAGUCAUGUCCUGUUAACGUUUGGGCAAUUUGUGCUCACUUCUGGAUUUUGGGGUAAUUUGCUGUUGAUUUUGGGUCAAUUUUGCCUUACGUCCUGUUCAUUUGGGGUCAUUCCCUGUUGUUUUUGAGACAAUUUUGCCUCACUUCCUGUUGAUUUGGUGUCAUUUCCUGUCGAUUUUGUUUCAAUUUUGGCUCACUUCCUGUUAAACUACGGUCAUUCCCUGUUGAUUUUUGGGCAAAUUCAGCUCACCUGCUGAUUUGGUGUCAUUUCCUGUCGAAUUUGGGUAAAUUUUGGCCCACUUCCUUUUAAUUUGGUGUCAUUCCAUGUUAAUUUUUAGGCAAUUUCUACGCACUUCCUGAUUUUGGGAUCAUUUUCUGUUGUUUUCGAGACAAUUUUGCCUUACUUCCUGUUAAUUUGGUGCCAUUUCCUAUCGAUACUGGGUCAAUUUUGGCUCAUUUCUUUUAAUUCCUUUUUAUUUGGGGUCAUCCCUUGUUAUUUUUUGGGCAAUUUGUGCUCACUUCCCGAUUUUGGGGUCAUUUUCUGUUGCUUUCGAGACAAUUUUGCCUCACUUCCUAAUGAUUUUGUGUCAUUUCCUGCUGAUUUUACGGUAAUUUUUACUCAGUUAUUUUGGGGUCAUUUCCUGUCGAUCUUGGAUCAAUUUGGGCUUAUUUCCUGUUAAUUUUGGGUCAUUUCCUGUUAUUUUCGAGACAAUUUUGCCUCACUUCCUGUUAAUUUGGUGUCAUUUCCUGCUGAUUUUGGAACAGAUUCAGCUCACUUCCUGAUUUGGGGUCAUUUCCUAUUGUUUUUGGAGACAAUCUUUCCUCACUUACUGUUGAUUUGUUGUCAUUCCCUGUUGAUUUCGGGUCAAUUUUGGCUCACUUUCUUUUAAUUUCUUUUAAUUUGGGGUCAUUCCCUGUUAAUUUUUGGGCAAUUUCGGCUCACUUCACUUCACUAGGGUAAUUUUUACUCAGUAAUUUUGGGGUCAUAUCUUGUCGAUUUUGGGUCAAUUUUGGCUAAUUUCCUGUUAAUUUGGAGUCAUUUCCUGUUCGUUGCUGGGCAAUUUCGACACACUUCCUGAUUUUGGGGUAAUUUCCUGUUGAUUUUGGGUCCAUUUUGGCUCACUUCCUGUUAAACUAAGGUCAUUCCCUGUGGGUUUUUGGGCAUUUUCUGCUUUGGGGUCUCGAAAACAUUGGGCUCAUUUCCUGUUGAUUUUAGGUCAAUUUAGGUUGACUUCCUGUAAAAUUUGUGGUCAUUUCUUGUUAAUCUUUGGGCAAUUUCUCCUCACCUCCUGAUUUUAGAGUCAUUUCUUGUCCGUCUUGGGUCAAUUUUGGCCCGCUUCCUGUUAAUUUCGGGUCUUUCCUGUUGUUUUCUAGAAAAUUUUGCCUCACUUCCUGUUGAUUUGGUGUCAUUUCCUGCUGAUUUUUACUGUCAGUUAUUUUGGGCUCAUUUCCUGUCAAUUUUGGGUCGAUUUUGGCUCACUUCCUGUUAAUUUGGGGUCAUUUCCGAUUCCUAUUUGUGAUUUCUACUCAAUUCCUGAUUUUGGGGUAGUUUCCUGUUGCUUUUAGAGACAAUUCUGCCUCACUUCCUUGUUGAUUUGGUGUCAUUUCUUGCUGAUUUUUGGGUAAUUUUUACUCUCAGUUAAUUUGGGGUCAUUAGCUGUUGAUUUUGGUUCACUUCCUUUAAAUUUCCUGGUGAUUUUUGGGCAAUUUCUGCUCACUUCAGGUCAUUUACUGUUUAUUCUUGGGGCCAUUCAGUUUCACUUCCUGUUGGUUUUGGGGCAAUUUUUACUCACUUCCUGUUGUUUUUGGUGCCAGUCUGACUCACUUCCUGUUGAUUUGGUGUCACUUCCUGUUAAUUUUGGGGAUCUUUUCAUCCAACCUCCUGUCUAUUUUGGGUCACUUAUUUUUGAUUUCGAAGCUAUUAUUGCUCACUUCCGGAUGUUUUUUUUUUUUUUUAAUCAUUUCUCGCGGGCUGACGUCCUCACUUUGGCGGCCAUCUUAGGACAGGCCCAAUCAAUUAUAACAUUAAAAACGAACCAUGUUUGCUAAAAGAGAGGCAAAUAUUUACAGCUUAAAUUGGCGCACAUCUUAGCACGCUAGCGAAUAUCUAGUAUUAGUAGUAAUAUCUCUGUAUUUAACGCUGGAAUCCAUUUUGAUACUUAUUUUUCACCAACAAAUAUAUGUUUUAUUAUAAUUCUUUUUUUAAUGACAUAUUAGUGUCCACAACCUGCAAUUCCAACAAAUGACUAUUUACAGCAUUUGACUACUCCAUCUUUGAAAAUAUGUAUCUUCUCUACAAAAAAUAGACUCAAAUGAAAGCGUUAUGCACAGUUAUUCAUUCAAAGUUUUGUUCAUAAACAGAACAAUUUGAGCGUCCAA